CCCUGCGAGCGGUGCGUUCGUCGUAGCCUUGAGUGUACCUUCGACCGGGAGAGGCCACGGAAGAAGCAGCGGACCAGUGAGGCAUCAAGCAACGUACAGGCCCUAUUCCAACGCAUCAAGCAGCUUGAAAGUGCCCUGGUCCAAGCCAAUCCGAGGCAGGAGUCGACGUGUCGGGAUUUGGCCAAUCCCGAAGAUCCAAAGAUACCUGCUUCUUCAAAAGUUAACCCCUCCAACAUUUCAACCGUAUCGAGUGGUAGGGAGCGAAGUGUUCUUUCCGAAAGCUCCCCAUCGUCCUCCUUGGUCUUCGCACAAGCAGCUACCAACACUUGUAACUCUGCCACCGCAGACUAUCACACUGCGGCCGAUGUGUCCGCAAGCCAAUUGGGACCUAACUGGUUUUUUAAUGGUAUACCCAUUUUCUCCGAAGCAGGCUGCCGGUGGGUUUCAACAAGAACUGAUCAGGAUGUCACAUGGACCGACAUUUGUAUCCCGAUAAUGGACUUCUCUCCCCUUUCGGCCCUUCCGCCAUCCUUCUCUCAAGAGAUAUGCGAUUUGCCUGACCAGGAUGCAACGCGAGAAAUACUGAGUGACUUCUUUCGGUCCUCGUUUAGACUUACCUUCCCAGUUCUGAACCGAGUUCUAUUUGAGACAACUAUGGAAACCGCGUACAAGCCGGCGGAUAGAAAUAUGUUUUCGUCCACACAAACUGCGGCCAGGGCGUGUGUUUUUGGCACUCUUUCUAUCGCGACUCGUUUAAAAAGGCCUCAUCAGAGCGCCCGCCCUAUAGAUGCGGACUUGUGUGCGGCCAAGGCGAAUUUCCUUCUAAUGUACCUUAUUGGGGAUAUCAGCUUGGAGACUCUUCAGACAAUACUCUUAUUGCAACUACAACGCAUGUUCUGUGGCCACUGGCAAGGUGCUGCCUUCUUUCAUUCGAUUGCGUGUCGCAUAGUCUGCUCCUUGAGGGGGCACAUCUACAAGCCGUCAAACGUCCUUGGGCGUGAAAUGUCUCGCUUAGAACGCGAGAAACACCAAACUCGAACGCUGUUCUGGCUGUGCUACAUGCUCGACAAAGACAUUUCGUUUCGCACUGGAAAUCCCCCCUUCUCACUGAGGGUUAUUGUGACCUCACCGCAUCUGAUGACUUCUUGCACUAUUAUACCUACUUGCCAGCGCUGGAUGAAUCCUUUGAACCUCCUGAAGGAGAAAGUCUGUCGGCAACUUUUCUCUGCCCAAGCCUUGAAAUAUAACGAUAACCAACUCCUCCUCCAUAUCAGAAAGCUAGACGAUGAGAUCGAAUGCUGGCGAUUGUCCAUCCCUAACAGUUUCCGCCCAGCACUUUUUGUCUCUGAAAACACUUCACCAAAUUCACCCGAAGAGGGCAUCCCGCAUAUCAUUCGACGCAUGUCUCUACAACUGGAGUAUCACCACCUCGUGACUGUCAUCCACACGACAGUAAGAAAAUGCACCCCUGAAGCUGCUGAUGGGAUCGAGGAUCUUCAUGCAGUAGUUCAUUCGAGCUUCGAUCUAUCUCUGGUGGCGAGCAGGUCAACGCUCUCGUGUCUGAGAGUUCUCGUCAGAACAAUUGCAGAACAAGCGUUUCGAUUCUUCACAUCCUACUUUGCUACCGCCGCCAUGUCACUCUUCCUAAACAUAGUCAUUCAUCCCCUCGAUCCACAAGCACAGCUUGAUUUGGAGCUUCUUAUGUCGGCUGCUAACACAGUGCGGUCCAUACCUGCUCGCAAUUUGACGCAAGCUGAGAUAACCCGUAUACACGAAGAAAGCAAGUUUGUGAUGAGACUAGUGUGGCUUGGAACUUGUGCAAUGACCAAGGCAGACAGAGCGAAGAAAGCUGAGCUUUCAUAGUUGGCUCGAGGUCGUAACCUUCCAUAAGCAGAAAUAUUGUUAACAAUACACAUGAGUGGAUUUGAACUAUCUCAUGAGUCUUAAC